AUGGCGGUGGAUUUCGGUGCUGACGAGUACGGCGAUCAGUCGGAGUACGUUCCUGAACCCGAUGACGACUAUUACGGUCCUUAUGACGCCUACAUGACGGAAGUGGCUAACAAUCGUGUGAAGGAAUCGUUCAGUUGCCCCGAAUACGAACCUCUUGAGGUAAUGACCAGCUGUCAUUACUGUCACGAGCCCUUUAUCUCGAACAAUGCGCUUCAUAACCACAUUGGCGAAUGCCGAGCCGUUGCAGAUGAAACCAAUGUACCGAAUAAAAUGCGAGUUUACGAGUCCAAUGUCGUGUCUGACCUGGAUGCGGACCGUCGUGUCGCGAAUAUUCACUUCUAA